AUGAUGGUCUCGACAUCGGAAGCGCUACCUACCAGCAUCGACGGAGAACUGGACCUUUCCAUUCGACCAUUCGACCAGCUUUUCCACGAAGCUGAGAAACAAUCAUUCAUCAUGACGACAGACUCGGCAAUCAACCUACUCCCACCACCCAUCGACAUCCACUUCCACGACGAGCCACUACCGCAAUGCGCUGCCAACCUCAUGCCCUUCAGCAUCGCCUACGACGGGCCUGCACCCAUCGAUUCAUUUCUCGUUCAACGGUCUGCCUCCUCUCCCUCGGCUGAUGCUGCGGUGGACGAUGCGAGCGAGAGCUUCAUCUCGGCGUUCCGCGGAAGAGCGAUCCAGUCGACGCCGUUGCCGCUUCCACCUGGAUUCGAAGCAAAGGUCGUGCGUGUCUCGCAAGUCGCAUCGACCAGCGGCAGUGCAAGCGCGACAGGCUCCAGAAGCCAUGAUUCCCUGGCAUCCAGGGCAGAGAAGGAAGCAGAGGAGGUUGAACGAGAAAGGGAACGAGCAAGUAAGCGAAGAAGGAUGGCCAACCAACCUCCCCCGAAACAGCAAAAGUUUUCGAUGGACAGCGACGACGAUGAUGACGAUGAGGAGCGAGACGAAGCUGAACAAGACGAUGAUGACUCAAUAGCAGUCGAACCGGUACGCGAACCAUCGCCUCGAGCCGUACCAGUCGUCGAUCAUCAGCCAGCAAGUACGGCAGGACCAACGGUCCGCAUCGAGCCGAUCGCACGAGUCCAUCCAAACCAUCUCACGAUAUGGGGCCCAGACGGUCCGAUAGACAAAGGAGACGAUCCUUUCUUUCGUACUGUCGGAGAGUGGUAUUCCGUCGUUGCGCCAUUGGUGAGUGCCAACCCCUCGCUAGCUCGGCCUGAAAGCGGAAAUGCGGGAAAACGCUGA